AUGAUGGUCCCGGCCUCCGCUGCCGGGGGGGUUGUGGGGGGGGGUCUGAUGGCCCCGGCCCCGACUUCUGGUGGGAGUGGGGGUGACUGAUGGUCCCGGCCCCGACUGCCGGGGGUCCCACGGUACAAAACUUCCCUGUCGCUUGUUGCCGCCCUUUACCCUGAGGUUAUCUCAGACCCACCUCCCGUGUGGAACUUUGUUAAAUGCCGCCUGGAAACUCAUGGAUGCGUCAUUGCAAUCGUUGCAGUGCAGGAGGCCACUCGACCCAUCGAGUCUGUACUGGUUCCUGUGGGAACAAUCCACCUAACCCCCCACCAAUCUUCUGGGAUACAUCCAGCUGCCUCUGGAAACUGUAGCUGAGUCUUCCUCUCGGAGCCCAGCUGCAGAUUGUAGACUUUUCAAUCAACUGAGGUCUGGACGUUUUUAUGGGCACAAUGACCUCGGCAGCUGACAGCUGCAUCCAGUUCACCAGACAUGCCGGUGAUGUGCUGUUCAACCUGAACCGACUUCGGUCCCGGGACAUCCUGACUGAUGUUACCAUCCUGGUGGAUCGCCAGAAGUUUCAAGCCCACAAGACUGUGCUCAUGGCCUGCAGCGGCCUGUUCUACGUCAUCUUCACCGAUCGGGUGAAGUUCAACCUGAAUAUGGUCACACUGGACCCCGACGUGGACCCAGAGGGGUUUGGAAUUUUGCUGGAUUUCAUGUACACGUCUCGCUUGGCGCUGAGGGACAGCUCCAUAGUGGCAGUGAUGAACACCGCCCUGUACCUGCAGAUGGACCACGUGGCAGACACCUGCCGCAGGUACCUGCAGUCCAGUGAAGACAUCUGCUCGACUCUGAGUCCGUCCCGACAACAGUACCUGUCCGGGAACCCCGCACUACCUCAGGAACUCGUUACCUUCCGCAAGUCUGAUGUUUCGGAGCCCGUGCUGCGGGACUGCUCGGUGCCCGAUGGGAGGGCUGCAGACUCUGCCGUGUACAACGUGAUGGCCCCCUCCCCUCACCCUUACCACUUGUACCGGCACCUCCCGGUGCACAGUUACUCUGCCAACCCCUACCUGCUGGGUGAGCUCCAGGACUCCCGCAGCCCCUGGUCUGAGGUGACCGAGAUGAGGCGGUUCCAGGGGAGCUGCGGGCAGCACAGUUGUGAACCGGGUUGUGUGAAGUUCCGCAGCAGGUCUGUCACUGACAUCAGCUCAAGCAUGGCCACCUUCAGCCCCCGAGAGCUCCGGGACGGGGAGCCCAGGGGAGAUUUGCACUACAGCUCUGGCAGUGGUGCCCAGCCCGUGACCCAGGCCGGACACAGCUGCUCUGGGUAUGGCCACGGCUGGCGGACAGAAGAGUGCCGAUCCCCAAAGGAGGAGGGCAGGGGUCCACUGGAGUCCAGUAACCUGCCCGUCAACCACAAGGGUGCCAUGGUGGGCCCCCAGAGCCCCCUGAAAUCGGACUGCCAGCCCAACUCGCCCACCGAAUCCAGCAGCAGCAAGAAUGCCUUCCGGUCGCCCUGCGCGGACUCUCCCCCCAACAAGAGCCUGCUGGCCGCCAAGGCCUGUAACUGGAAGAAGUACAAGUUCAUCGUCCUCAACUCCCUCAACCAGGCGUCGAAGGGGGGUGUGGACAGCAGUCUGGAAGCCGUCAACGGUGCCCCCCCGACCUUUCCUGGCUGCCCCCCCCCAUUCCAGGCAUCUCCCGACACCGAGGGGCUGGGGAGUCCCACCCCUGACAGGAUGGAUGUCGACAGUCAUUCACAGGCUUCUCGGCUCAACAGUAUCGUGGGCAGGUCACCAGACACCCCGUCACCGGACAGCGAACGACGGUCCUCGGGGACCCCCCGCCCCCGAAAGUGCAGCUCGUGUGAGUCUCCGUCCCCCCCAGCGGAGCGGGGACACCGGACCUCCGGACCCCACCCCCGGGAUGAGCUGACCGAGACCCAGUCCGAGCUCUCCGACUCCAGCUCAGACACCGGCUCCUUCCUGUGCUGUGAGUGCGACUGCAGGUUCUCCGAAGACGCGGCCCUGAAGCGCCACCUCCUGCAGUCGCACAGCGACAAGCCCUAUAAAUGCGACCGCUGCCAGGCUGCCUUCCGGUACAAGGGCAACCUGGCCAGUCACAAGACAGUGCACACAGGUGAGAAGCCUUAUCGCUGUAACAUCUGUGGAGCACAGUUCAACCGACCAGCCAACCUGAAGACACACACACGCAUCCACUCCGGGGAGAAGCCCUACAAGUGCGAGACGUGUGGUGCACGAUUUGUUCAGGUUGCUCACCUACGUGCUCACGUGCUGAUCCACACCGGGGAGAAGCCCUAUCCCUGUGAGAUCUGUGGCACACGAUUCCGGCAUCUGCAAACACUCAAGAGUCACCUUCGCAUCCACACGGGAGAGAAGCCUUACCAUUGUGAGAAGUGUAAUCUGCACUUUCGCCACAAGAGCCAACUGCGACUACACUUGCGACAGAAGCAUGGAGCCAUCACCAACACCAAAGUGCAAUAUCAGGUGCCCCCCGAGUGCCAGACUGAGCCCUGUCGGGCACGCUGAACUCCUCUCUCCACUGCACACGCGCGUGGAACAUUGACUUUCCGAGGUGGUGGAAUUUUUGAAUUGUUAAAGGAUUUUAGUUCCGAGUCUCCACAUGGUCAAUUUUACAGCAGGUAUCGGCAGAUAGAAGUAUAACGGGUUUCUAAGCUUGUGAAAAGUGCUUGCAAUUAUUUCCUGUUAAUAGAAAUUUGGAGUGUUUGCUUUUAAAAUAUGCAUCUCUGCCCAUAAUAUAAAGGAAUGUAUGGAUAUAUAAAUAUAUAUUUUUCCUGUGCAAAGCACAGCAGAGUUGUACUAUUAUAUAAGAAUGGGAAGGUUUCAGUCAUAUUUUUAACCAAAGUUGUAGCUACAGCAGUUAAUGAAUGAAUCAUUGGACAGACUGUCUGCAGGCAGAGCACUGUCUGAACCAUCUCUAUAGCUUAAAGCACUUAAGAUAUUUUGUCUAUUGUGAAAUGAUAUAUGUGCUUUUUGAAGUAUUCUUCUCAGCUGCUUUUGAAAAGUAAGGUUUACAUUUUCUCCAGAUGCUGUGUUGGACUUUCUCUGUUCCUGUCUUGUCUAUGAAGCUGUGUCCAUUGGUGCCUUCCGUGUGCUAAGGCUGGCUGCCCCAAUCACUGGGUCAUCGACCUUUCCACUUCGCCCCCUCCACCUCCUGGGUCACUGGACCCUCCCCUGACCUUAGCCCCGGGUCACUGACGAGCGCUCUACCACGAGCAAGGUUGGGUUGGAAAAUGGGCAAUGAUUUUAAAGAAGAUUUUUAUCAUAAACUGUACAAUAGCAAGAAUGUAAUAAAUAAAUAUAUCGCCUUGC